UGUAAUUACAUUUUAGACUACUAUGACGAUCCUCCGUCGUGACGUAUACGGUGCGUCAUUUCCAUGACAACCGCUGAGGCUUCGAUUGACAAAACAAAGAAACAUGGAUGAUGAUCAGAGUGCAGAAGAGACAGCCUUCGUGGUGGAAGAAGUGAGCGGCAUCAUUAAAGAGUCUCUGGAGUCAGUGAUUGGUCGCAGCAGUUUCGAGCACAAGCGUGUGAGUCAGUGGACGUCCAGUGUCGUGGAGCAGAGUCUCUCUCAGCUCAGCAAACUGGCGAAACCCUUCAAAUACAUCGUCACAUGCAUCAUCAUGCAGAAGAACGGCGCUGGGCUUCAGUCGGCCUCCUCCUGCUUCUGGGACAGCACUACUGACGGAAGCUGCACCGUCAGAUGGGAAAAUAAAUACUUGUACUGCAUCGUCAGUGUGUUCGGACUCGCCAUUUAAACACGAGCGCAUUCAACCCGACGUUUACUUGCAUUACACGACGUCCAAACCCUCUAUGCACAAUAAAAGCACACGUCUU